UGUUCCUUAAGCCUAUCCCUCACUCAAGAUUUGAGGCUGUUAAAACGAUGAAGUGUAGAUUUGGUUCUGUUUUCGUGAUUCUUGUGCUUUUAACAAUCGCGCGGAGUCGAAAAAUAUAUUCAGGAAAAGAAAUCGACUUGAAACGUUUAUGCGGAGUAUGGUAUCUCACACUUGGUGUAAAUACCUGGGACUGGAAUGUUUUGUGGGGAUGUCACCUCAUGGUACCUUUCAAUACAACAGAGAACGAUAUGAAUGUUUACUCAUACAAAUAUCCCAAGAACAAAUUAGAUGCUCAUGUUUCAAUCAUCGAUGAUGUGAGGCGGGACUCUUUGGGUUAUUAUUGGAUAUAUUCACAAACGGAUGGUCAAUCACAAAGAAGAUCAGGCAUCAAUAUUGAAUCCUCUCAAGUCCAAGAUAAACAAUGGUAUCAUUCUCAUCGACAUCGCUUCUAUACAAACUACGAGACCUAUCUCUGUGUGCUGUCGUCUGCAAGCGAUGGUCAGAAAAUUUUGCAAUGUUUCACCCGGACUCCAUCGUUAUCUGGCGAGGAGAUUUCCAAGUUGACGUCGUUUGCAACUGAACAAGGAAUCGACGCAGCGACGUUAACUACCUUCGGAUGUGGAGAUCUGGUUCCGUCAGACUAUUUGUUGGGUUAACAAUAUUAUUAGCAUUUUUGUGCAAUGUCGUUUUAGUUGUAAUUAUUCAGAAGUGGUCUUAAAUCUUUAUAAAACAAAAACACCGAUUAUACAAGUAUAAAAUUUGUUGUGAUUUAUCAAAAAUUUGAUUCUUGACAUAUUAGGUGGGAACAUUCAAACCGUUUCUUCUUAAUGCAUAAUCACACAAAAAAUAUUUUUCUUGAAAUUGAUUUCAUCAUUGUUUGAAAUAAAAGAUCUUCAAGAUCUAUACUAUCGCAAUCAGUUAUUGGAGACGUCUUGGUUCAAAUUUGUAAAAGCUUCCGGCUUGCCACAAUGGAGAUAGUUUUGCAAUUGACUGUAGAAUCAUAUUUAUUUCGCACAAAAUAUGACGAAGUCGUCAUAUUCAGCUUAUGAUGAGUUAUGAUGAUAUGAACAGAACAAUAUUAACAGAUAGAUAUAUAGUUGCUUUUCUUCUCGAGACAUAACAUAAUGGGCGAUUAAUGAUGUCGUAAUCUUGUGAUGUGACCUUGUAUCAUUUAGGCAAUUAUAUCUAUAAUAAAUUUAUGCGAUAGGAAUGCAAUAUUGUGUAACUUAUACUUAACUUCAUUUGGGUAUCCCAACUACAUAUCGCAAUGUGCUACGUUUUGUUUAGAUAUUUAUAACCGAACACAACAAAACUGGUCACA